UUUUGUUGUUUUUAAAAGAAACCAGUUUUAAAGUGGGAAGCGGGCCAAAUGUGAGCAACGGAGUGCGACAUAACUGCAUCUACAGCUCAUACCAAACUAUUACACGCUCUCUCGGAAACACACACGCGCACACAGACAAGCUGAUCGAACGAAUGCCCCGCGAAAAGAAAGUUUUGACGCAAUCCACGGGCCUUUGCUUGUAAUGAAGAAGCUUCGCCGCCUAAUCAUUUACUGCUGCACUCUCCCCGUGUACGGACGCUGUGGACGAUUGUCGCCACAUUUUUGGAGAUACUUAACGAGAGCCUUUUGUCUCUUUAUCUUGGCAGCAUCAACAACAGCUAGCAACAACGACGGACAACGGACGGGCGACGAACAACGACGAAAAGUGAAAUCGCUGAUGAACCCAGAUACCCCUUGGCUUGCUGGUCAGCCGCCAGUCACUUACUCAAAUCAAUGAAUGAAUAGUUGAGGAAGCGCUUGAGUCAGAGUUGGAAUCUAUUUUAGGAGCAUGCACAAAUUGGUGCGCAGGCGAGCAUAACCCCCAGAAAAACAGACAACAAGUAAAUGACAUCCGUGCGGCUCCACUGGGCAUGACUCUAAAAUGCCAUUGAGGAGUCAGUCGCAGCAAUAAAAGUGAAAUCCGCACGAGCAAACACGCACACACACUCACACACCCAGGCACAAACACAGCCGCCACCGCAGACAGGCAGCGAGCAGGCAUUCAUUUUCGUAUUGGUCACCGUAACGAAAUGGCGGUAACAACAGGCACCACCACAACCAGCCCCUCGCCAAGUCCGCGACGCAGGCAUAGUACGCGCGAGCAACUGCAUCAGAUUGUGGCUGGAGGCCUGUCGGCGGCCAUAACCCGUUCCACCUGCCAACCUCUGGACGUGCUAAAGAUACGCUUUCAGCUGCAGGUAGAGCCGCUGGGCAAGAGCCAGUCCACGGGCACACGACAGGCAUCCAAAUACAUCUCCAUUACACAGGCGGUGAAGACGAUAUACCGCGAGGAGGGAGUGCUGGCCUUCUGGAAGGGCCACAAUCCCGCCCAGGUGCUGUCCAUUAUGUACGGGAUCUGUCAGUUCUGGACAUAUGAACAGCUCAGUCUUCAGGCCAAUCAGACGCACUACCUCAAGGAUCACCAGCACUUGUCGAAUUUCCUGUGCGGCGCCGCUGCUGGCGGUGCUGCGGUUAUCAUCUCCACGCCGCUGGAUGUUAUACGAACGCGUCUGAUUGCCCAGGACACCAGCAAGGGCUAUAGGAAUGCCACGCGUGCCGUUUCCGCCAUUGUGCACCAGGAGGGACCACGCGGCAUGUACCGGGGGCUCUCGUCGGCCCUGCUACAGAUUGCCCCGCUGAUGGGCACCAACUUUAUGGCGUAUCGCCUGUUCAGCGACUGGGCUUGUGUCUUCUUCGAGGUGGGGGAUCGCAGCAAGCUGCCCACCUGGACGCUCCUCGCACUGGGCGCCUCAUCGGGUAUGCUGUCCAAGACGAUUGUGUAUCCCUUCGAUCUGAUCAAGAAACGCCUGCAGAUCCAGGGCUUCGAGUCGAAUCGACAGACGUUUGGCCAGACGCUGCAGUGCCACGGCGUUUGGGAUUGUUUACGGCUGACCGUGCGUCAAGAGGGCGUUCGCGGGCUGUACAAGGGCGUGGCCCCCACACUGCUGAAGUCAAGCCUGACGACGGCCUUGUAUUUUAGCAUUUACGACAAGCUCAAGCAAGUGCGGUUCUAGAUGUUAAUGGCAACCAACUGGGGUUAAUGGUUCUACCUAUUGUAGUGGCACUUCUGGUAGACAGAAUAUAUACAGUGUAUUUUCUAUUUUUAUAUAUAUAUUUACCACACCGUGUAAAUAAUAUUAAGCAUAGCUUAGCUGUUAAUUAGUUUUCGGUUCUGCGUGCGGGUUUUUAUCUUUAUAACCUAAUCAUUAGAUUGACUUAAGCAAUGGGUAGAGACACAAAAUACAACAUGCAGCGCACCA